AGGUAGCUCAGGUUUCUUUUGUAUUCCUAGUUGGACACUUUAAGAAACUGUAAUUUUAUGGAAUUGUUUAAUAAAGAAUUUUAUUUUUUUUCUACAACUUAUUGUCUUUGAUAAAUCUUUUUUUUUUUGACCCUUGAGGGUGUUACGGGUGCUUGGACUUAUUUGCAAUAUAAACCGGUUGAACCAGUUUGUUUUAAGUGGCACUUUAACAGACUACAUUUUUUUGUGUAAGGAAGAACUUGAACGACAGUAGGAGAGAAAACCUGUCUGUGUAUAAUGUUCAGUUUGAGAACAGAUCAUUUUAGUGCUGCAAUCUAGAGACAGAACGGAUUUAUGAACUGAAUGAAGUUUGUGUUUGAUGUUCUUCAUUGAGACAGAGUGUUUUCUAGUGCACUGUAUCUAAUAUGAGUGUCUAUGAGAGAGAGAGGGGUGAUGUUCAGACACAUGAAGCAGCAUCUCCAGAACCCAGCUGUGUGUCUAUGAAGAGUGACGAGUCCAUACAUGUUUCACCUAAUCUCAGUGACGGACAAAAGCAUCUGGAAAAAGCAUCUCCAGAACCCAGCUGUGUGUCUAUGAAGAGUGACGAGUCCAUACAUGUUUCACCUAAUCUCAGUGACAGACCAGGGGCCUCUGACCCUGUAGUGAAGACAGGUGAAGUGGUCAUAUCAGGGGUGCCCUGUCUGACCUGCGCUGACCCUGACUGUCAGACCCUCAUCAGACAAAGAGUUAAAAACCAACACAAAACCAGCAUGAAGAACAAGUAUGAGAGCUUAUUUGAGGGAAUCAAACUAGACGAGAAUCAAACCCUCCUGAACAGGAUCUACACACAGCUCUACAUCAUAGAGGGAGUUAGUGAAAGGGUGAAUGAAGAACAUGAGGUUUUACAGAUGGAGAAAACAGCCAGAACACAAGAUACUAAAAUCUACUGCAAUGACAUCUUUAAACCCUUACAUGAACCAAAAUGUAAGGAGAAAGAUAAAAUCAGGACAGUUCUUACCAAAGGGAUUGCUGGAAUUGGAAAAACUGUCUCAGUGCAGAAGUUCAUUCUGGACUGGACCGAGGGAAAAGCCAAUCAGGAUGUAGAUUUCAUGUUUGUGCUUCCAUUUCGAGAGCUGAACUUGAUUAAAGAUCACCAGUACAGUCUUCACAGACUUCUGCUGGACUUUCAUCCUGAACUUAAACAUCUGGACUCAAAGAUUUAUGAGGAGUGUAAAGUUGUGUUCAUCUUUGAUGGUCUGGAUGAAAGCAGAAUCACACUGAUGUUUUCAGAUGAUCAGAAAGUUUGUGAUGUGACUGAGUCUUCAUCUGUGGGUGUGUUGAUGUCAAACCUCAUCAGAGGAGACCUGCUUCCCUCUGCUCUCAUCUGGAUCACCUCCAGACCAGCAGCAGCCAAUCAGAUCCCCUCAAAAUACAUCAACCGUGUGACAGAAAUUCAGGGAUUCAAUGAGCCUCAGAAGGAGGAAUAUUUCAGGAAGAGAAUCAGUGAUGAGCAUCAAGCCAGCAAAAUCAUCUCACACAUUAGAAGAUCAAGAAGCCUCCACAUCAUGUGUCACAUCCCCGUCUUCUGCUGGAUCUCAUCCACUGUGCUUCAGAACCUCCUGAAACAAGAUGAGAGUGCAGAAAUCCCUCAAACUCUGACUGAAAUGUACAUCCACUUCCUGCUGACUCAAAUCAACAUGAGGAAUCAGAAGUAUGAUGAGAGAGAUCCAGAGAAACUCCUGAAGUCCAACAGAGAUGUGAUUGUGAAACUUGCCGAACUGGCUUUCAAUCAGCUGAUGAAGGGCAAUGUGAUGUUCUAUGAGGAGGACUUGACUGAGAGCGGCAUAGAUGCCACUGACGCCUCAGUGUAUUCUGGGAUUUGCACUGAGAUCUUUAAGGAGGAAUCUGUGAUCCAUCAUAGGAAAGUCUACUGCUUCAUUCAUCUGAGCUUUCAGGAGUUUUUAGCUGCUUUCUUUCUGAUUUACUCUCAUGUUGUCAAGAAUAAUGAAUCACUGGAGUUGUUUUUUAAUGAAAGAUGCAUGCGAUACAAUCAGAAAAUCUCUAGGUAUGAUCCUAUGAUUCAAUGGGUUGACUCCCCAGAUCGCUUUCCAGAUCACACUCUGAAUCGCACUCUGGAUCACACUCCGGAUCACUCUCUGGAUGAACUUAUAGAAGUAGCAGUCGAUAAAUCCUUACAGAGUAAAAAUGGACACCUAGAUCUUUUCCUGCGGUUCCUGCUGGGCAUCUCACUGGAGUCCAAUCAGAGACUCUUACAGGAUCUACUGACACAAACAGUGAACAGCUCAGAGACCAUCAAGAGAAUCACAAAGUACAUUAAAGACAAAAUUAAGGGUGAUGAAUAUAUCUCAGCUGACAGAUGCAUCAAUCUUUUCCUCUCUCUGCUGGAAAUGAAUGAUCAGACACUGUACAAAGAGAUUCAGGAGUUUGUGAAAUCAGAGAAUCACUCAGGGAAUCGACUCUCUCCUGGUCAGUGCACAGCAAUUGCCUACAUGCUUCAGAUAUCAGAGGAGGUGCUGGACGAGUUUGAUCUGAAGAAAUACAACACAUCAGAUGAGGGUAGAAGGAGUCUGAUACCAGCUGUGGUGAACUGCAGAAAAGCUCUACUUGCUGACUGUUAUCUCACUGCUCAGUGCUGUGAAAGUUUGUCUUCAUCUCUACAAUCAUCAAAAUCACUGCGAGAACUGGACCUAAGUAACAAUGACCUGCAGGAUUCAGGAGUAGAGCUUAUGUCUGAUGGACUGAAGAGUUCACACUGUCAACUCAACAUACUGAGAUUGGCAGGUUGUAUGUUGACUGGUACAAGCUGUGAAAGUUUGUCUUCAUCUCUACAAUCAUCAAACUCCCAUCUGAAAGAGCUGGACCUGAGUAACAAUGACCUGAAAGAUUCAGGACUGAUGUUGCUCUCUGAUAGUCUGAAGAGUGAACAAUGUCAACUCAACAUAAUAAGAUUGGCAGGUUGUAUGUUCACUGGUACAAGCUGUGAAUGUUUGUCUUCAUCUCUACAAUCAUCAAACUACAAUUUGAAAGAGCUGGACCUGAGUAACAAUGACUUGAAAGAUUCAGGAGUGAUGUUGCUCUCUGAUAGUCUGAAGAGUUCACACUGUCAACUCAACAUACUGAGAUUGGCAGGUUGUAUGUUGACUGGUACAAGCUGUGAAAUUUUGUCUUCAUCUCUACAAUCAUCAAACUCCUAUCUGAAAGAGCUGGACCUGAGUAACAAUGACCUGAAAGAUUCAGGAGUGAUGUUGAUUUCUGAUAGUCUGAAGAGUUCACACUGUCGACUCAACAUAAUAAGAUUAUCUGGCUGUAUGGUGACAGAGGAAGGCUGUUGUUUUCUGGCUUCAGCUCUGAGUUCAAACCCCUCACACCUGAGAGAGCUGGAUCUGAGCUAUAAUCAUCCAGGACAAUCAUUAGUCAAGCUACUUUCUGAUCCAAACUACAGACUGGAGAAACUCAAUUUGGAUCAUGGAGGAGAGUUCAGGAUUGCAGCAGGACUCCACAAAUAUGUUUGUUAUCUCACACUGGAUCCAAAUACAGCAAGCCCUUUCCUUAUUCUGUCUGAGGCGAACAGAACGGUGACAUUUGUGAAUGAGCGUCAGUCAUAUCCUGAUCUUCCAGAGAGAUUUGAAUAUGAAUCUCGUCAGGUUCUGUGUAGAGAGAGUCUGUCUAAAUGCUGUUACUGGGAGGUUGAAUGGAGAGGAAUUGGUGCUGUAAUAGCAGUGACAUAUAAUCGAAUAUGCAGGAAAGGACAGAGUCCUGACAGUUGGUUUGGACGCAAUAAACACUCUUGGUGUUUGAUCUGUUCUAAGAACACAAUCUCUAUCUGUCACAUGUAUAUGGAUACUCACAUAACUGUCCCUUCACACUCCUAUAAGAGAAUAGGAGUGUAUCUGGACUGGGUGGCUGGCCGUCUGUCCUUCUACACCGUCUCAGAUACACACAAACUCAAACACUUACACACAUUCAACAGCACAUUUACUGAACCCCUCUAUGCUGGAUUCGGUUUUAUGGCUAAUGAAUAUAACUCCUCAGUGUCUCUGUGUCAAAUUUAAAAACCUAUGAGCAACAACAGAGACAUCACACACACCCCUGACUUAAAGAAAUGCUUUCUUUCUAUAUGUGUUUUAUAUACUUUAACAUUUUUAUUAUACACUAAAGUGAAUGUGUAGAUUUUUUUAGCAUAGAAUUGGUGUGAUUUAUGUGGUACAAUGCCAAUUAAGUUGAAUUUAUUU